AUGUCCGAAGAAAAAUCAAUCGGCAUAUCCUCGGGCGUGGACCCAACCCUCGACAUCGAACGAAGCAAACAAGUCGACCCAAUAAUGGAGAAACACUCCCACGACGCCGACGAGGCCAUGAAAGCCUUCGAUGAGAUGCAAGGCGAAGCCAUCGAACUGGAUGAAUCGACGAACCGGCGCUUGUUGAAGAUUAUCGAUUGGCAUAUGAUGCCCAUCAUGUGUUGUAUCUACGGCAUGAAUUAUUUGGAUAAAACGACCCUAUCUUACGCGAGCGUCAUGGGCAUUAAGGAGGAUCUUGAUCUUCAUGGGGAUCAGUAUCAGUGGUUGGGGAGUUUGUUUUAUUUUGGAUACCUCGCGUGGGAAUAUCCGACCAACCGUCUUCUUCAGCGUCUUCCUCUCGGCAAAUAUUCCGCUGCCUGUAUUUUGAUUUGGGGAUUGAUUCUUUGCUGCUUUGCUGCUGUUAAGAAUUACUCUGGUGCUAUUGCGAUUCGGUUUAUGCUUGGUGUUUUUGAGGCUGCUGUUACGCCUGGUUUUGCUUUGUUGACUUCUCAGUGGUACACAAAACAAGAACAAGGAAGCCGUGUCAACAUCUGGUUCUCCUUCAACGGCGUCGGCCAAAUUCUCGGCGGAGUAGUCGCCUACGGCAUCGCCGUCGGUGCCGAAAAGCACGGCUCGGCAAUCGACCCCUGGAAAAUCGUCUUCCUAGUAACGGGUCUACUGACCAUUGUACUGGGCCUCAUCUUCCUAUGGAUCAUCCCGGACAACCAGCUCAACGCGCGCUGGCUAAAGAAGGAAGAUCGUGUUCUGGCCGUUGCCCGCGUGAGGGUUAACCAGCAGGGUAUUGGCAACAAGCAUUUCAAAAUGUAUCAGGUCAAAGAGGCGUUGCUUGACCCUAUGACUUGGGCUUUCUUCUUUUAUGCACUUAUUGCUGAUAUUCCUAAUGGUGGCAUUACUAAUUUCUUUAGUCAGAUGAUCAAAAGCUUCGGCUACGACGAGAAACAAAGUCUGAUCCUGGGUGUUCCCGGCGGCGCUGUGGAAGUCGUCGCUCUACUUCUCAACGGCUGGGUCGGUCAUAUCACCGGGCAACGUAUCCUCGCCAGUUUGGGUGGCCUCGUCGCCUCGAUCGUGGGCAUGUUGCUUAUCGUCGCGCUACCCCUGUCCAACGAUGUCGGUCGCUUAAUCGGCUACUAUCUCACCCAAGCUAGCCCGACACCCUUUGUGGCCUUGUUGUCACUCAUCUCUUCCAACGUGGCUGGAUACACGAAGAAGACGACCGUCGCAGCUUUAUAUCUGAUUGGGUAUUGUGCAGGAAAUAUCAUUGGUGAGUGGAACUCGGAAAAACAAUACCACACCGACACAAAGUGUCAAAAUGGUGGAAUUGUGGAUUGUGGGUUGUGCAUUGUGGAUUGCGCUGACCUCCGUCCUUGUAUACUUAUAGGCCCGCAGACAUUCCGUCCUAAGGACGGACCCCGCUAUGUCCCCGCUGAAAUCACCAUUAUUGUUUGCUGGGGUGUGUGUCUGUUCCUGCUGGUCGGGGUUUGGCUUUGGUAUCGUCGUGAGAAUAAGCGCAAGACGCUGUUCAUUGCCCGACCGGAGUAUGUGAGACUGGAGAAUCAAGAGUGGCUUGAUUUGACAGACCGGGAGAACCCCGAAUUCCUGUAUUCGCUGUAG